AUGUCUGACAACGUCGGUCUCUCAACGCCUCGCGGCAGUGGCACUUCUGGCUAUGUCCAACGCAACCUCGCGCAUAUGCGUCCGCGCGACUACGGCGCGCCCUACCCCCCCAAGGACGCCGACUCACUCCGUCACAAGCAGCGACAGCCCGAUAAGGAAAUAUUGGAGCACGACCGCAAGCGCGAGGUGGAGGUCAAGGUGCUCGACCUGCGCGACACACUUGAAGACGAAGGUCUUGACGAAGAAGAAGUAGAGAAGCGAUGCGACGAGAUGCGAACGAAGCUACUAGCCGAGCUAGAGAAACAGAAGAACAGCCGCGGCGGCGGUGCCGGGCCCAUACGCAAGCACUUCAAGAGCCAUCAAGUGCACGAAAUGGCCGACGCCAAGAUUAAGGAGAGUGAGAGAUUACGUAGCGCUCUGAGAAUAAGCAAAGACUAUGAAGAGGGCAGCCAUUGGAAGAGACAAGAGGAGAGACUCCGGGGCUCCUUGGAAAAGGAGGCUCAGAGGGAAGAUGUCGAUUAG